AGUUCAACGGCUGCCAGAUGAAAAUGGAACGAAGCUAGUGAGUCAGCUGUUGAUUCAAUGGCAAAGCGGCUUUCGGAGUUGUAAGUUUAUGUUUUCGUGAUUUAAUUUCGUUAGAAAUUUGUGUGGCAAUUGAAUUUUUAACGUGGUAAGAUGAGUGAUAGCGACAGCGACGACUGGUCUGAAGAAUGGAUCCCUUACAGUCAGCGUAAUGAAUGGGCAGAUGUGACUCCCAUUCUACAAGAUGACGGCGAGCACCCAGUUGUUGCCAUAGCUUACAGCCCCAAAUUUCGCGAAGUCUUUGAUUACUUUCGCGCCAUACUCGCCCAUAAAGAAAAAUCGCAUCGGGCUCUAGAGCUGACAGCAGACGCUCUUCGAUUAAAUCCAGCAAAUUAUACAGUUUGGCAAUACCGGCGGGAUAUAUUGCGGGCGUUGGAUUGUGAUUUGUACGAGGAGUUAGACUACCUAGAUGAAGUUAUACGUGACAACGCGAAGAACUAUCAAGUGUGGCACCAUCGUCGUGUUAUUGUGGAAAUGUUAAAUGAUUCAUCCAAAGAACUAGAGUUGACUGAGGUAGCCUUGCAGCGCGACAACAAAAAUUACCACGCUUGGCAACAUAGACAAUGGGCUAUAAAGACUUUCGAUUUAUUCGACAACGAGCUUUCAUUUGUAGAUCGUCUUAUUGCAGAAGAUAUUCGAAAUAAUUCCGCGUGGAAUCAGCGCUUUUUUGUACUUAAGCAUUUUGGAUUAACGCCAGAAGUAGUGCAACGUGAAAUUCAAUACACAAUGAAUCGCAUUCGCGUUGUAAAAAACAACGAAAGUGCCUGGAAUUAUUUGGGAGGUAUUUUAAGGCAAAGUGAAGAUGGAAUAUUGAAUCAAUACCCUGAGGUUUUAGCAUUUUGUGAAGAAUUAUACACGAGUGGAGUGCGUUCGCCUUAUCUCUUAGCUUUCCUGGUUGAUUUGUAUAGAGAGCAGAGUUUGCAACAAAUUGAUUCAACUGAAUCGGAAGCGCUGUCAAGGAAAGUGUACAGCCUUUGCAGCGACAUGUCUAAAAAGCAUGACAUUGUACGUCGCAAAUAUUGGCAGUACAUUGCGGACCAAUUAAAGUCAAAAUUAUCUGAAAAGUAAACAACCGCAUUGCGCUAUUAUGAGUUUAGUUUUAAGCUGGUAAUUUUGUUCAAAUUUAUAAUAACAUAUAUUUGUGAAAAUACAUGAAUAUUUUAAUCCGUUAA